AUGGCGGAGAGGAUUUGUGCUCAGUCCUGCAUGGCCUCCUCCGCAGGAGCCCAAACCAGUGGCACCCCGAGGGGCAUGAGAGGAAGCCUCCCGCUCUCCCGGAAAGCCCCAAGAAGAAAAGGUGCAUCCCCCCAAGGCUCCCAGUCCCUAAGGAAGUUAAAGAAAAGAGGGGCCCACAGGAUGAGACGCACCCGCCCGAGAAGGAGCUGUGUGACCACUAGAGGGACUGGUGGAGAACCCUAUAAAGCAAGGCAAGCCGUGCAGGGAACGGGACUGGUUUAUGAUGAGCAGAUGGCACAAACCUGCUGUUAAUGGGAUGAGAACUUCCCUGAAUGCCCUGCCCGGAUCUGGGCAGUGAGAGACAAGAUGGCUGAAUACGGCCUGGCAGAGCGCUGUGUGGCAGUGCAGGCACGAGAAGCAUCAGAGGAGGAAAUCUCGCUCAUUCACAGCCCCCAGUAUGUGGCCCUGAUGGGAUCCACUCAGAACAUGAACGUGGAGGAGCUGCAAGCUCUGUCCGACCGCUAUGAUUCUGUGUACUUGCACCCGACGUCCUUCACCUGCGCCUCCUUAGCAGUGGGCUCUGUGCUGCAGCUGGUGGAUAAAGUUCUGCGUAGGGAGAUCCGCAAUGGAUUGGCUGUUGUCAGGCCCCCUGGACAUCAUGCCCACGUUGACCAGAUGAACGGUUACUGCAUGUUUAACCAGCUUGCUAUUGCUGCCCGGUAUGCCCAACGGACAUAUGGUGCCAAGCGGGUCCUAAUUGUAGACUGGGACGUGCAUCAUGGGCAGGGCACACAGUUCCUGUUUGAGAAUGAUCCCAGUGUCCUGUAUUUCUCUGUCCAUCGCUACGAGAACGGGGGGUUUUGGCCCCAUCUGAGAGAAUCGGCCAGUUCUGCUGUGGGCAAGGAGCGGGGAGAGAGAUUCAAUGUGAAUGUGGCCUGGAACAAGACCAGAAUGAGCGACGCUGAUUAUAUCCACGUGUUCCUUAACAUCCUCCUCCCUAUCGCCUACGAGUUCCAGCCUCACCUCGUCUUGGUAGCGGCAGGAUUUGAUUCUGUGGUCGGAGACCCUAAGGGAGAGAUGUCGGCCACCCCAGGGUGUUUCUCUCACCUCACCCAUUUGCUGAUGUCGCUGGCACAGGGCAGGCUCAUACUUUCCCUAGAGGGUGGGUACAACCAGCGCUCGUUGGCAGAAGGAGUUUGUGCGUGUCUAAAAGCCUUACUGGGUGACCCAUGCCCAAAGCUGCCCCUGCCCUCUGCUCCCUGUCAAAGCGCACUGGAUUCCAUAUCAGACACGCUAAGUGCUCAUUGCAGGUUAUGGAAGGUGCUGCAGGAUUACGAGAGUGAAGGAGAGGCCAUUGAUGAGCCCCAGAGUGCUGAAGAACAACCCCCUGACGGGGCAGAUGAGCCGCCUCUGGAAAAAGUUCUAGAACAGUCAAUGAUGGAAGUGAUGAGGGAGGUGCCAGCGCAGCGAACUGCUCUGGUGUAUGAUGAGCAAAUGAUGGAGCAUCACAAUAUGUGGGACAGUUGUCACCCAGAGUCUCCGCAGAGGAUAAACCAGAUAUUUAAGCGGCACAAGGACCUGGGGCUGUUGGAUCGUUGCAGUCGCAUCCCGUCGGCGCUUGGCCACUCAGAAGGACUACAGAUGUGCACAGGUGGCCUUUCCUACAUCCAGAAGAUUGAGGCAUCUGCCACAUGAACCCCGAGACCUGCACCGACUGGGGACGAGUACACCAUUUAUAUCAAUUCCAGAUCCUAUCACAGUGCCCGGCUGGCAGCUGGCUCCACCUUUAGUGUUGUGGAGGCCGUGGUUACAGGAAAGGCACAAAAUGGAGUUUGCAUUGUUCGCCCCGGGUCACACAUGCAGAAACCCGCUGAAGCCUGUGGUUUCUGUUUCUUUAACACAGUGGCACAGCCGGCCCGCUAUGCACAGAGGCUGCGGAGCCUCGAGGAUCCACUCAGAGUAAUGAUUUUGGAUUGUGUGCACCAUGGCAACGGCACACAGCAUAUCUUCCAGAGGAUGCCAGGUUGUGUGCUCUACGUGUCCCUCCACCGGUAUGAUGAGGGCCUGUUCUUCCCUAAUUCAGAAGAGCAUCACAUGACAAGGUUUGCAAUUGGGAAGGGGGCGGGUUCAAUGUGGAACAUCCCUUGGAAUGGCAGCAAUGGCGACCCGGAAAUAUUAAUGGCGUUUCACAGAGUGGUGAUGCCCAUUGCCUAUGAGUUAACCCGCAGCUGGUUCUGUAUCGCUGGGUUUGAUGGGCCCGCUGGAGACCCUCUGGGGGCUUGCAAGUGAAGCCCUGAAGGUAAUGCCUAAUUGACGCACCUAUUGAUGGGCCUGGCAGGGGGCAGAGUGAUUCUGGUGCUAGAGGGUGGGUACAAUCAACAUCCCAUCUCCGAGUCCCAUGGUUAUGUGCACUCACUCCCUUCUGGGGACCCCCCUCCCACUCUGUCUGACCUGCGACCCCCAAAACCGUCUGCUUUCAACUCCGUUCGCAAAGUCCGUCAGGCUCAUCGGCAAGUAGGGCGCAGCCUUCGGCUAAACGUGGCCCCCCAGGGGGCACACAAUCUCCAGCACUCCCCAGUGAUGAACCCCCAGAAAGGAAGAUUUGCUACGGAGGCUGGACCUUCCGCCAUGAUCUCCCACAAGGGGCUUACCUCCCAACAGGAUCCCCUCAGAAGAGACCGCCAUUCCCUGCAUCGCCACAGCGCCCAGACUUCCGUGGCAGAGACACCUCGCCCAUUGGUGCCAGAGAGCAGAUUUCUCCCCAGAGGAGGUGACCCCCACAAAGCAGGAGCUGCUGGGCGAGGCUGCGGAGGCUCGGAGGCUGAAACCCCCACAAUCGGGUUUGAGACUCUCAUGGAGUCGAUGGCGAACGAGUCCGGUGAGGAUUGCAUCACCCCGCUGCCUGGUGCCCCCACUUGGCUCUGUGAGUGCUGUGCCCCCGGCGGGUCUGGAUGUGCUGUGGGCAGGUAUGUCUCCCCAACACAUGCUGUGCCAUGGACUUGCCUCUGGCAUCACCUUGUUUCUCAGUUCUCCGAUCUGUCUGUGUGGUGCUACGGCUGUGAGUCCUACGUCCAUCACCAGGUGACGCCCCACAAAGCAGGAGUGCUGGGCGGGCUGCGGGAGGCUCGGAGGCCUGGAAACCCCACAUCGGUUUGA